UCCCCAUGCACACACCUCACCUUAACCAUGUGGCCCGUAUCCAAUGCCCUGGAUUGUAUCAGGCUUUGAUGAAUGGAGGUCUGUUUACAACCUGAAUCCACCAAAGCCUGAUAGGUACCCCCCUUAAUACUCACGGGUAUUUGGUACAACCCGGCUCGAUCGGGGGCAGCCUGCGGGUCGUCCGGGAUCCGGACCAAUGUUCCCAUCUCCAUGACCGGGCACCGAUCCACAAAAUGGCCCAUAUCCCGGCAACGCCAGCAGGCCGGCCUAGGCCUCACCACCGCCCUAGUGGCCGGAAUUGGGUCAGGUGAUUGACGUGAGGAAGUGGCAGGUGGCUCAUCGAGUGCCUCCCGAUGUGGCGACGACAUUCCCCUGGCAGGGCCCCGCUAAGUCAAAUAUAAUAAAUUCAUGUUCAGUGAAACUCCUCUGACAACAAUCUCCUAUUCAUCAAUUCAUCAAUAAAUGCAGGAAUAUUUCCAUCAGUUUACAAGUGAAUACAAGCCUCAAAUCAUCAAAAAGAGAUGAAAUCUGUAAAGACUCAGUUUAUUAAAGAGGACCGAGAGAAGAUGAGACACACUGAAGAUACUGAAGAACAAACAGAUCUGAUUGAACAUAAUGAGGAGAGAGAAGAAUUGAGUGAAUCUGAAAAGAAAAAUCAUGUCAGAUACAGAGAAAAACCCAAACAGAAAGAUUUAAAGAAAAGGAAGAAGAAGAAAUCUUUCCCCUGCACUCAGUGUGGAAAGAGUUUCACAAGCAAAUCUCUUCUCAAGCGACACAUGAACAUCCACACUGGAGAGAAACCGUUCACUUGUGAUCAGUGCGGGAGGAGUUUCUCACAAUCAGCAAACCUUCAGCUACACAUGAGCAUCCACACUGGAGAGAAACCACACACAUGUGAUCAAUGCGGGAAGAGUUUCACACGGUCAUCAACUCUUAUGACACACAUGAACAUCCACACUAGAGAGAAGCAGUACACAUGUGAUCAAUGCGGGAAAGCAUUUUUGUGGGUUUCAAACCUGACAAAACACCUGAAACUUCAUGCAAAGGAGAAACCACAUUCAUGUAAUUUGUGUGGAAUGAGUUUUCGAUUAAUACAAUAUUUGAAAGCUCAUCAGAAAAAACAUACUGGUGUGAGAGAGUACAUGUGCUUUGAGUGUGAAAGGACUUUUAUUUCAGCGAGCCUUUUAAAACUGCAUGAGAAGAUUCACACUGGAGAGAAACCUUACAAGUGUUCACACUGUGACAAGAGAUUCAUUGUUUCAUCACAUCUGAAAAGACAUGAGAUGAUCCACACUGGAGAGAAACCUUUGAAGUGUUCACACUGUGACGAGAGAUUCGUUCAGUCAGGAAACCUGAAAAAACAUGAGAGGAUUCACACUGGAGAGAAACCUUUUAAGUGUUCACACUGUGACGAGAGAUUUAUUCAGUCAGGACACCUUAAAAUACAUGAGAUGACCCACACUGGAGAGAAACCUUACAAGUGUUCACACUGUGACAAGAGAUUCAGUGUGUCAUCAAGUCUAAAAACACAUGAGAGGAUCCACACUGGAGAGAAACCUUACAAGUGUUCACACUGUGAUGACAGAUUCAGUCGAUCAGAAUACCUGAAAACACAUGAGAGGAUCCACACUGGAGAGAAACCUUACAAGUGUUCACACUGUGAUGAGAGAUUCAGUGUGUUAUCACAUCUAAAAACACAUGAGAGGAUCCACACUGGAGAGAAACCUUAUAAGUGUUCACACUGUGACAAGAGAUUCAGUCGUUCAUCAAGUCUAAAAAGACACAAGAGGAUCCACACUGGAGAGAAACCGUAUCACUGCACUGCAUGUGGGGAGUGUUUCAAACAUUCAUCUUCUCUACACAAUCAUACAAAAAACAAACACAGUUAGUAGAUCAUCUUCAGAUCUGAUGCUGCUUCCUCACCAAAUGUGACACAAUAAUGGAUCAAGCUGUGAAAUAUCAUCUGGAUAAAUCAUUACCAGUGACAAGUCAAAGAAACAUUAUCUGAAGUUUUCUCAGUGAAUAAAGUUCAUCUUCAAAACCAGCAGAUCCAACUGAGAUUCAGAUAAACUCAAAGAUAAAUUUUCUCCCCAAAGAACAAUGUCACAAAGGUUUAUUAGUGUACAUCAUUUUGCUUCAUGGUAUAAAUGAUAUCCCAUGGGGCGGGUUACAGAAAACUUCUUAUCUCAGGUCUCAACUUAAGAUGUAUGUUCAAUUAGGAUUUGUUUCAAAUUCGUAUUACAGAAGCAAAUCUUAACUUGAUUUAGGAUUAUUAUCCUAUUUUACAAAGUCGUAUCUUAUCUCUAGUUAGGAAACACUGUGCGAGCUGCUGAUGAGGGAAACAGAAUAACAGAAGCUACUUCAAUUUGGCAAAGAAAAGUAAAGGCAUUAGUCAAUGGAAGAGUCUUUUCUGAAGUAGCUUUUGUUCUGAAUGUUGUCCUAACAGAAACGAUCAUGGUUAUCAAUCAGAUUAGAUAAUAUUUUAAAGUUAGGAUCUUUCUGUUACCAUGGUAUCCUGGACACCUUUACCAGACCAGAUGAACUUUACGACCCAAUGGCAUGUUGAGAGUCCUCCCUCUCACUACCUUUCCCCAUAGGAGACACCCAUAAUGCCCAUAAAAGACUCUUCUCUAGUUAAUUCAUAGGAAAAAACACUUUCUCUGAAAGAACACUCAUAUCGCCAGGUCGCUGUGUAUAUUAUUACUGUUCUCGUAUAUUGUCUUUUGUAUUGUAUACUGUUUUAUGCAUGCAUUAUGAUAGAUCACUAGUUAAAAUAACCUCAUCUAUACCAUGUUUGGUCUCUUUGAAUUUGUGUUUUGAUGAUCUAAUUGAGAGUGUACAUAUGUUGAUACCUACACUACAUGAUAAUGCUCUGAGAAUCUUUUGCAUCAAAACCCAAUGCCAUUAAAUAUACAAAAUACCAUGCUGCGACGACAAAGAGUCGUAAACUUUCCCUCCGAAAGUGUAGAUCUCUAUUGGUUAAGAAAUGUGUUAGACUAGUUUGUGUUAGUGUUUAGUUAAUAAAACUCUUGUGCACAGAUUA